CAAGAGCUCAUCUCCAGUAACACCGGGCUCUGCUAGCACAGGGCAGCUGCGGUGCUGCUGAUGCAUCAGCUUGGCUUACAGCCCUUUUUCAUUAGGGGAAGAGGCUGCUCUCAACAGGCAGGGAGGGAGAACAAGAGCAGGAGAGCUGGAAUCAGUCAGACAGCUGUAAAAAAAAAAAAAAUAAUAAAAAAAAAAAAGCCAGGGUCUUAAUGAAUAAAUAGCUUCCCUCUUGCUGGAACAGAUCUGAGCACUGCUUUGCUCCCUGCGUCCCCCCCUGCACAAAGCUCCGGCGGAGAAGCAGCAGAGCACCCUGUAAGCGACACCAGCCUAAUUAAUUAAUUAAUGACUCCUGUCUCUGGCUGCUGGGCUGGGAAGGAAAGCAGCAAAGAAGGGCCGGGACAGCACGUGACGGCUUCUGGUAAAUGCUGAACACUGCUGAGAGCCGGCUCGGUUAUUCAUCACCUCUCCUGCUUUGGGCUACAACAGCAAGGAGAAGGUCGGAGAUACACCAGGGAGGGAAGAUGGCGUGGGAUCCACCCUCACAGCAUCCUUUCUCCUGGAUGAAGCCUUCUUCCCUCUUCUUGUCGUGCUCCAGAGUUGCCAUGGCACAGUUAAUCGAGGCCACCACAGAACCCCCCAAAAAGAAGCCGGACCCUGUCACUUCGGAGACGGUGGUGAUCUGGGGGCUGCGCCUCUGGCAGGUGAUUGGUAUCUUUGCCAUCUUUGUCCUGGCAGUCAUUAUUACCCUGUGCUGUAUCUUCAAGUGCCGGAUUCCCCGGACAAAGAAAGAGAUUGAGGCACGAUAUGCUCAACGGCAAGCAGCCAAGACGUAUGCAGACAAACUGGAGACUGUGCCACCACUCAAUGAGCUGACAGAGAUCCCUGGAGCUCAGGUGGCAGAAGAAAAAAAAGAAGACGUUCCCACUGUAUCUGGAAAAGUGGACAAGGCUCAGGGUAAGAAAGAAGGAUCCAAAGGCUCCAAGAAGAAGGAUGGUGAAAAGGACCAGAAAGAAGGAUCCAAGAAAGAAGGGAAAGAUGCCAAAAAGAAAGAAGGAGAAAAGGGCGAAAAGGGAGAAAAGGGCGAAAAGGGAGAAAAGGGCAGCAAUGACAAGAAACAAGGUGGUGGAAAGAAAGGUGAAAAAGAAAGUGAAGCAGCAAAAUCUGGAGGAAGCACCAAAAAAAAUGGCAAAGCUGGUGGGAAUGCCAAAGCCCCGGCAAAGAAGAAGUGACCCUGCUAAAGGUGGUGGUAGCAGUCCUCCAGGGAGGGCACAUUCAAAUACUUGUGGGGAGCUGAUGGUACUCGCUGCCUCCAUGUGUUCAGGCUGUUGAGUGCCUGUAGAUGUACGGAUUUAUUACCUUUUGAAGACCAAGUCACUGAUUUUUUUUUUGUCCUUUAAAGGGAAAUCUGGCCAUUUGGCUAGACAGUGGCUUGUAAAAAAAUAAUAAAAAAAUCAUAAUAAUAAAAAAAU